GCUUUCUACGGAAAAGCUUUGGAAAUGGUUUGCUUGUUUCUUUCAAAACCAUCCUGAAUCGAGUGAGGAGAAAACAGUGAAGAAACGAACCAGCAAUGGCGCGUCUCGGAGAAAAUGGUGGAAGUAAAGCACCACACUCAACUUUGGAGCAGUUGAGUAAAUGUAUUCUGCCACCUGGAGUUCAUGGGUUCCUGUUCGGUCCCAUGUCAGACUUUCCUGUGAUCAGACGCGUCAUAGGCGCUGUGUUUGGAGCUCUGAGUGGGGUGGGAUUGUUCUUCGGACUCAUUCACAAUAUUGCCAUGACAACAGUACCACGCGUUGUUGUUGGAUAUGUGUUUGUGGGUCUAUGCAUUCUUGGAGGCAUAUUUUCCCCACAGUUUCGCUGCUCAGUCCUACUGAUGUUUCCUAGUAUGCUUGGCUCAAAAGGGCGCACGUUCCUCAUGAUUUUUGUCCUCCAUGGACUUUACCAAGGCCCCAUUGCAAAUAUCCAGCGUAAUGUGCAGGAUGUGGCCUUUUCUAUGGGCUGUAAUAUAGACCUGCAGAUAACACACAGCAAGGUCAUGUGGAGAAUGGUAACAGAGCCGUUUGUGGAGGUAGUGCAGGAGAUAGUAAAUGACAGUGAGGAAUUUCAGAAAGAGGCACAGAGUGUGAGCCGACAGUUCCAGAAAGUUCGGGAUGAGGUAAUGGGUCAGUACGGAUAUGAUGCUCUUGGUAACGGCUCUGUGCACACAGCUAACAGCACACAGGAGGAGUAUGUGGAGAAGACAAUGGCACGCUGUGACUAUGUGGUGCAACAGGGUAUAGGCCGCUGUCAUGACUGGUUCAGCGAUAAGUGGGAUGAGUGUAUGAAUACCAUUCAAGCUCCUCUUAUCAACCACUUCCUCUGUGUACCAAUGAAAUUCAAUUUUCUCUGUGAUGUCAUGAGAGUGAUGACACCUUGGUGCACAGAAAAGAUUCCAGUUGAGGGAAACUUUGGUCAGACCUUCGACAAACUCGAUUACUCCAUUAACCGACUUGCAGAACACUUCACCACAAAUGCCGUCUUUCAGAAAUUCGAGCAGCAGUCAGUUUUUGGAGUGAACAUCAUUCAGGAUUUCUCUAAAGAACUGAGUCGUGUGUUCGAGGAGAAAGCAGUCAUCGCCGAGCGAAUAGCUAAAGUCAUUAAUAUCCUCCUCUCCUUCACCUUCAUCACUGUGUUCACCUCAGCAUUUGGAUACGUUCGCCAGUUUAGCAGAGAUAUUUGCUUCGACAACGUUUAUAUUACAACCUAUUUCAGACAGAUUGAUGCCCGUAGAACGAGAGCGGGGAAAAGGCAUUUGCUGCCACUGAAGAAAGCAGAGCGGGAGAGUUUGAUCAACCCUUGGAGCCUCUCUAUUCACCCCAGCGAGCUCAUGCCUGUGAUUGUGGGAUUCCUGCAGGUUGUGUCUCUGGCUUUGUUUGUUUGUGGUCUGCUUGCCGUUGACGGAAUCCUUUACAACAUCUUUGACCUCAUCCGAAGACACACUUUCACCCAGUACUCAGUUACUAGUGUUCGUCAGGCAGAUAUUGUAAUCGGGGGAGAUUCAAUGUUAGCCAGACUGCUGCGGAAAACCAUUGGCGCCUUCAACACCUCCUCCAACCUUGAUGUACAAACCAGUAACUUGCACUGUUUGCCACAGCCACAUGCUUUAAACCAGUCAGACUACCUGUGGAUCUUCAUUCCCCUGUUACUGAUGGGCGUCAUGUGCUGUCUUCAGGUUUACACUAACCGUCUGCGGAGGGUCAUCGCUGCCUUUUACUGCCCCAAGGCGAGCGGACGGAUUGCGCACUAUAUGAUUCAGCUCACAGAAAGCGUGUUGUACAAGCUUAGUAGCCUACUACAUGAACGGAGCGUUUCAACCGACUCCGUAGAACGGGCGAAAUAUAGAGGCCAUUAUCUGCGCUGGAACAGAGCAGAGGUUUGCAGCAAGAUGUUGGUUCGCCUGACGGAACCCACACUGGGCCGAGAACCCGCUGUCAGAACGGACCGCAGCUCGGCAUUCAGCAGGUGA